GGAGGAGGAGGAGGUGGCGGCGGCGGGAGCGCUCCCCAGGAAUGUCGCUGCCGCCGCCACCGCCGGGGCUGCUGCCGUUGAGGAGGAGACGGAGGAGACCGAUGUUGUUAGGAAGAUGAUCCAUGCGAUCUUGAAGACCUUUCUGUGGAAAUGAGGGAAAUACAAAGAACCAAAUAUAAUUCUGAAAUUCAGGAUCUGUAUUUUGAGAUGAUUUUAUUUUCAGAAUGAAAAGUAUAUAUGGUUACCUUUAUGAAUGUAGAGACAUGAGAAGAGAGUUAUGAUGGCAAAAAAUAAAGAGCCUCGUCCCCCAUCCUAUACCAUCAGUGUAGUUGGACUCUCUGGGACUGAAAAAGACAAAGGUAACUGUGGAGUUGGAAAGUCUUGUUUGUGCAAUAGAUUUGUACGCUCAAAAGCAGAUGAAUAUUAUCCAGAGCAUACUUCUGUGCUUAGCACCAUUGACUUUGGAGGACGAGUAGUAAACAAUGAUCACUUUCUAUACUGGGGUGACAUAACACAAAAUGGUGAAGAUGGAGUAGAAUGCAAAAUUCACGUCAUUGAACAAACAGAGUUCAUUGAUGACCAGACUUUCUUGCCUCAUCGGAGUACGAAUUUGCAACCGUAUAUAAAACGUGCAGCUGCCUCUAAAUUACAGUCAGCAGAAAAACUAAUGUACAUUUGCACUGAUCAACUAGGCUUGGAGCAAGACUUUGAGCAGAAGCAAAUGCCUGAAGGGAAGCUCAAUGUAGAUGGAUUUUUAUUGUGCAUUGAUGUAAGUCAGGGAUGUAAUAGGAAAUUUGAUGAUCAGCUUAAAUUUGUGAAUAACCUUUUUGUCCAGCUAUCAAAAUCAAAAAAACCUGUAAUAAUAGCAGCAACUAAAUGUGAUGAAUGUGUGGAUCAUUAUCUUAGAGAAGUUCAGGCAUUUGCUUCAAACAAAAAGAAUCUUCUUGUAGUGGAAACAUCAGCACGAUUUAAUGUCAACAUUGAGACAUGUUUCACUGCACUGGUACAAAUGUUGGAUAAAACUCGUGGCAAGCCUAAAAUUAUUCCCUAUCUGGAUGCUUAUAAAACACAGAGACAACUUGUUGUCACAGCAACAGAUAAGUUUGAAAAACUAGUGCAGACUGUGAGAGAUUAUCAUGCAACUUGGAAAACUGUUAGUAAUAAAUUAAAAAAUCAUCCUGAUUAUGAAGAAUACAUCAACUUAGAGGGAACAAGAAAGGCCAAAAAUACAUUCUCAAAACAUAUAGAACAACUUAAACAGGAACAUAUAAGAAAACGGAGAGAAGAAUAUAUAAGUACUUUACCAAGAGCUUUUAAUACUCUUUUGCCAAAUCUAGAGGAGAUUGAACAUUUGAAUUGGUCGGAAGCUUUGAAGUUAAUGGAGAAGAGAACAGAUUUCCAGUUAUGUUUUGUGGUGCUAGAAAAAACACCUUGGGAUGAGACUGACCACAUAGACAAAAUUAAUGAUAGACGGAUUCCAUUUGACCUCCUGAGCACUUUAGAAGCUGAAAAGGUCUAUCAGAACCAUGUACAACAUCUAAUAUCAGAGAAAAGGAGAAUAGAAAUGAAGGAAAAAUUCAAAAAAACGUUGGAAAAAAUUCAGUUCAUUUCACCUGGGCAGCCAUGGGAGGAAGUUAUGUGCUUUGUUAUGGAAGAUGAAGCCUUCAAGUACAUUACCGAGACGGAUAGCAAAGAGGUAUAUGGUAGGCAUCAGCGAGAGAUAGUUGAAAAAGCCAAAGAAGAGUUUCAGGAAAUGCUUUUUGAACAUUCUGAGCUUUUUUAUGAUUUAGAUCUUAAUGCAACACCAAGUUCAGAUAAGAUGAGUGAAAUUCAUACAGUUCUGAGUGAAGAACCUAGAUACAAAGCUUUACAGAAACUUGCACCUGAUAGGGAAUCUCUUCUACUUAAGCAUAUAGGAUUUGUUUAUCAUCCCACUAAAGAAACAUGCCUUAGUGGCCAAAAUUGUACCGACAUUAAAGUGGAGCACUUACUUGCCAGUAGUCUUUUGCAAUUGGAUCAUGGCCGCUUACGGUUGUAUCAUGAUAGUACCAAUAUAGAUAAAGUUAACCUAUUCAUUUUAGGGAAAGAUGGCCUUGCCCAAGAACUAGCAAAUGAGAUAAGGACGCAAUCCACUGAUGAUGAGUAUGCCUUAGAUGGGAAAAUAUAUGAACUUGAUCUUCGACCAGUUGAUGCCAAAUCGCCUUACAUUUCGAGUCAAUUAUGGACUGCUGCCUUUAAGCCACAUGGGUGCUUCUGUGUAUUUAAUUCCAUUGAGUCACUGAGUUUUAUUGGAGAAUUUAUUGGAAAAAUAAGGACAGAAGCUUCUCAGAUCAGAAAAGAUACAUACAUGGCUAAUCUUCCAUUUACAUUAAUUCUGGCUAACCAGAGAGAUUCCAUUAGUAAGAACCUACCAAUUCUCAGGCACCAAGGGCAGCAGUUGGCAAACAAAUUACAGUGCCCUUUUGUAGAUGUACCUGCUGGUACUUACCCUCGUAAAUUUAAUGAAUCCCAAAUAAAGCAAGCUCUAAGAGGAGUACUGGAAUCGGUUAAACACAAUUUAGAUGUGGUGAGCCCUGUUCCUGCCAAUAAGGAUUUAUCAGAAGCUGACUUGAGAAUUGUCAUGUGUGCCAUGUGUGGUGAUCCAUUUAGUGUGGAUCUUAUUCUUUCACCCUUCCUUGAUUCUCACUCUUGCAGUGCUGCUCAAGCUGGACAGAAUAAUUCCCUAAUGCUUGACAAAAUUAUUGGUGAAAAAAGGAGGCGAAUACAGAUCACAAUAUUAUCAUACCACUCUUCAAUUGGAGUAAGGAAAGAUGAACUGGUUCAUGGGUAUAUAUUAGUUUAUUCUGCAAAACGGAAAGCAUCAAUGGGAAUGCUUCGAGCAUUUCUGUCAGAAGUUCAAGACACUAUUCCUGUACAACUGGUGGCAGUUACUGACAGCCAAGCAGAUUUUUUUGAAAAUGAGGCCAUCAAGGAAUUAAUGACUGAAGGAGAACAUAUUGCAACGGAGAUCACUGCUAAAUUUACAGCAUUGUAUUCUUUAUCUCAGUAUCAUCGGCAAACUGAAGUGUUUACUCUGUUUUUCAGUGACGUUCUAGAGAAAAAAAAUAUGAUAGAAAAUUCAUAUUUGUCUGACAAUACAAGGGAAUCAACCCAUCAAAGUGAAGAUGUUUUUCUACCAUCUCCUAGAGACUGUUUUCCCUAUAACAACUAUCCGGAUUCAGAUGAUGACACAGAAGCCCCACCUCCCUAUAGUCCAAUUGGGGAUGAUGUACAGUUGCUUCCAACACCUAGUGACCGUUCUAGAUACAGAUUAGAUUUGGAAGGUAAUGAAUAUCCUGUUCAUAGUACCCCAAACUGUCAUGAUCAUGAACGCAACCAUAAAGUGCCUCCACCUAUUAAACCUAAACCAGUUGUACCUAAGACAAAUGUGAAAAAACUGGAUCCAAACCUUUUAAAAACAAUUGAAGCUGGUAUUGGUAAAAAUCCAAGAAAACAGACUUCCCGGGUACCUUUGGCACAUCCUGAAGAUAUGGAUUCUUCAGAUAACUAUGCUGAACCCAUUGACACAGUUUUCAAACAGAAGGGCUAUUCUGAUGAGAUUUAUGUUGUACCAGAUGAUAGUCAGAAUCGAAUUAUUAAAAUUCGAAACUCAUUUGUAAAUAACACCCAAGGAGAUGAAGAAAAUGGAUUUUCUGAUAAAACCUCAAAAGGUCAUGGGGAACGGAGGCCUUCAAAAUAUAAGUACAAAUCUAAAACAUUGUUUAGUAAAGCCAAGUCAUACUACAGAAGAACACAUUCAGAUGCAAGUGAUGAUGAAGCUUUUACUACCUCUAAGACAAAAAGAAAAGGAAGACAUCGUGGAAGUGAAGAAGAUCCACUACUUUCUCCUGUUGAAACUUGGAAAGGUGGUAUUGAUAACCCUGCUAUCACUUCUGAUCAGGAGGUAGAUGAUAAGAAGAUGAAGAAGAAAACCCAUAAAGUUAAAGAAGAUAAAAAGCAGAAAAAGAAAAAGAACUUCAAUCCACCAACACGUAGAAAUUGGGAAAGUAAUUACUUUGGGAUGCCCCUCCAAGAUCUGGUUACAGCUGAGAAGCCUAUACCACUAUUUGUUGAAAAAUGUGUGGAAUUUAUUGAAGAUACAGGAUUGUGUACGGAAGGACUCUACCGUGUGAGUGGAAACAAAACUGAUCAAGAUAACAUUCAAAAGCAGUUUGAUCAAGAUCAUAAUAUUAAUCUAGUAUCAAUGGAAGUAACAGUAAAUGCUGUAGCCGGAGCCCUUAAAGCUUUCUUUGCAGAUCUGCCAGAUCCUUUAAUUCCAUAUUCACUUCAUCCAGAACUGUUGGAAGCAGCAAAAAUCCCAGAUAAAACGGAGCGCCUUCAUGCCUUGAAAGAAAUUGUUAAAAAAUUUCAUCCUGUUAACUACGAUGUAUUCAGAUAUGUGAUAACACAUCUAAACAGGGUUAGUCAGCAAAAUAAAAUCAACCUAAUGACAGCAGACAACUUGUCCAUCUGUUUUUGGCCAACCUUGAUGAGACCUGAUUUUGAAAAUCGAGAGUUUCUGUCUACCACUAAGAUCCAUCAAUCUGUCGUUGAAACAUUCAUUCAACAGUGUCAGUUUUUCUUUUACAAUGGAGAAAUUAUAGAAACUGUGAACACUGUGGCUCCUUUACCACCUUCAAACCCUGGACAGUUGGUGGAGUCAAUGGUACCACCUCAGUUACCACCACCAUUGCAACCUCAGCUGAUUCAACCACAAUUACAGACAGAUCCUCUUGCUAUUAUAUAAAUAGGGAGUAAUUGCAGACAGCCUGAAAUUGGACAAAAAAGCAAAUCUAGACAUGCAUGUUUCAGGGUUCAGUAGUAUACUUCAUGUUUCAUACAAAUAAUUCACAUUCAAAAUGAUGGAACAUUUUCUCUUUGAGCUAUAUGGUAGUCCUUACUCACUUACAUUACAAAUCUAAGACCAUGUGGUAAGCAUGACGAGAGGUUUAAUUUUUAUAAACAGAAAUAGCUAUAAAAUACAAAGCUGCUGCUGCAUGCAACCUUAUUGCAAUCAGUAUAUCAUUCCUGUGGCAAUUUCUGUCACAUUAUAUUGUGAAUAAAAUUUUUCUAUAGAAAUUAAAUGAUUUAAAAACUCACAUAUAUGAAACAUUUAAUGCUUUUUCAGCCUGCUUUAUGGCUGGUUUUGUUACUUGAUGUGCUAAUUUGGGCAACUUAAUUUACAUUCUAGCAGUCUGUGUAGAUAACUAAAAAGCCCAGUUUGAGUAUUUUAUAAUUUUAGGCUACUUAUGCCAUGCUUGGGAUGUUGUUUGAAAGAAAGAAAAAAAAAUACGUGUAACAAAUUUCACAUUUCCACACCUUCAUUUUACUUAGUAAACCUGUGGGUGAUUUGAUGAGGGGUAAAUGAACCUUUUUCUUUGUGCACAUACCAAGGGACAUACAUGCUUGUGGCUAAAGUGAGUUGAUGAUGUGGUGCAAGGGAUAGUUGUCACCAGUUCAUUUCUUUAUGGUCCAUAAUGAAAUAAACAUUUUGUAUACGGUUAAUUCUGUAAACAGAUGCAUGUUCAAAAGAUCUAUAAUGGUCUUGUAAUCUUAAUCUAAUAUAUUUUAGAUAUUUUAAUUUUUUCCCUCUUUGGGAAUACAUUUAGUAUAGUGUAGAAAAAUACUUCAUGGCAUUUUCAUAUAAGGUUAUAUAACUUUUCAUACAUAAACAUGAAAUUUGUUGUAGAAAUUCUUUAAACCAAAAUUUUAAUCUAGGACUUAAAUUUAAUCUGUUCUUUAAAUCUAUUUUUAUGUGGCCCUUAAGAACAUAUCCAAAAAUUCCAUUGCUAAUAUAGCAAUAAAAAUACUUUGGGUACUGACAGACUCGUUGGAGUGUGUAUAUAAAAUCACAAACUUGUAUUCAUAUUCUUUCCUGUGAUGUGUUGUAUUAAAAUCCAAAAUAGCUUUUGCACCAUUUUUUAAAAGUUUUUUUUUUCUUUGAUGUUGGUAUCAGAGUUGCUACAAAUGACUGCUGCUUUUGGAGUUAAAUAUUUUAUUAGUGAAGUUAACCAGAACACUAAAUUGUGGGUAAAAUUUUCAGAAUGGGUGGCACAGGUAAAUUUUGUUAGGCUUUAUUCAGAAUUCUUUAAAAAACCAUGCCAUCCCUCCCCCUCCCAGGAAAAGGAAAAAAAUGGUUUGUUUUUCUAUUGCUAGGUCAUAUUUUGUGUAGUAAGGAAGAAAUUAUCUGGUCAAUGUUGUAAUCUUCAUACUGCAAUUUUAAGGUUACCUUAUGUGUAUAAUAGUAAAUAGAUGAUUUUGAGA